GUGGUGGGUGGUUGGUGUGAGGAUGUUAGGGCCGGGAGGAAGGUUGUGUGAGGUGCGCCUCACUUGUCUGCCUCACAUCAGCUGUUUGUUUGGGACGACCACAGGAAGAAGGACUCAGGAACUCAGUGCUCAACUACACGGUCCUCUCUGCACACUCUCAACAUGUCUUCACGGUACUUAGUUAAGAAAAGAUACAAGAAUCUGUCAAGAUAUCGCCUCUACAAGAAAGAAAUCAGUGGCCAUGAUACAAAUACUGUAUUUAUGGUUCCUGAAGAUGGAUUUGAACAUAUGCCACAUAGUGAAGUUAUGAGAGCUCUAAGAAUUCUUGAGGCAGCUCUCCAACAAUUUGAGGUCACUAGAUUUUCUAUUAUGACACAGCUCAAGGUAUUACUAAAUAAUCUACAUACAGGACAAGAGGAGAAUCUUGGUGACAAUUCUACAAUGAUAGAUGCUAUUUCCCAAAUUAGUAAGCACAAUGGUGUUAAGACACUGGUAUCUCUGCUAAUGUUACCGGAUCUUGGAGGACGGUGUUGUGAUCUAGAGAGAUGUGACCAUUCUAUCAGUGUUGGCAGCCUUCAAGCAGCAACGCUUAAUAUUCUCAAAAAACUCACGACACUGGAUACCUCCAUUGGAAGCCAACUAAGCGACAGUGAUGAAGUACUACAAAUUCUUUUCUCAAUGAUGUCCGACUCUGAGACAUACACCAAAGCCAUUACACUUAUUGAACAUCUCCUCAUACUGAGAAAAAGCACUCUACAACUCGAUACAAUACCUGGGCUGGAGAGACUCAUAAGCCAGUUGGACGGAGAAUACCUGGCCAAUUUUUGCAGUAUACUUGCAGUCACCAUUUCAGAUCUCGACGUUUAUGAAAAUAAAACUUUACUAUAUGAACAAAGUAAACUUCGCAGCAAUAUUAAGAGCCUCUCACCUCUACGUGACAUCAAUCAGGAGUACAUUCUUAGCAUCCCAGAAUUCCUCCCUCGUUUGGUUAAUUUUGCAACAAAACUACCAUAUGAGCCACGGUACCAGGGGCAUACUAUGGAAGUUGACCACUGGAUGCGUCUAAUUGAAGACUCCAUGUCUGAGGUGCUUCACCAACAUGAAUCACAAAUGACACCAUUCAAUUCUAAUUCUACUCUCUAUGUAACAGAAUUGAUGGAUAGAAUACAACCCCAAGCUAUUGCAAGUCAACUAGAAGCCUUAACCAGCCCAAUGUUGCAGCGUGUUGAGAGUGUUUAUGUUUUAGGACUUCUGCUUCUUGGUAAACAGCGGAAAGAUGUGCAAACACAACUAGCAAGACUUCGGCUCAUUCCCCGCCUUUCUCAACUUUUUGAUCUUUUUAUUUGGAAGUGUGAAACGUACCAGGAGCGAAUAAGAGUGCCGGGUCACUUGAGUUCAUGUGAAUGCAGCCCAGAAGUAGCACUCAAGAUACAGUUCCUGAGACUAGUUCAUAGCUUUUGUGACCAAUCAGAAUACAGAUACUUGAUGUUGACACCUGUGGAGUACCGUGAAGUUUGUAGCAUCAGUGCUGCUAAGGUACUUCUGGAAGACACCCCAAGCCCAACCACAACUUGUAUGGAACUGACUGUGACCCAAGGCUCUAACAGUAAUGGAUGUGGUUCACAAGAGAGCAGUUCUCCUACAAGUGUUCUCCAAGAAGAUAGUGUUGUUAGCAGGGAAUCUUCAAGUAUUUUGAAAUUAGAGCCUCUGGGUGGGUCUGGAUUGGCAAAUCAGCUACCAGUGGAGUACCCUAUAGAACAGAUGUGUUCUGGUCCUCAGGGGCUUCUCUCAAAAAUUGUCGAAGCUUUAAAAAAGGAAACUACUGGGUCUACCUUUAGGUUUUGGUUUUCAAGAGCUAUUGAAAGUUAUCUAAGAAGUGCUAAUCCCUAUGCUGACCAAGUAUUCCUACUUAGGAGAGGUCUCUUGAAGCACCUGGCAGGCUCUUUACUGCAGUGUGAUCCUGGACCAAGUCAAAAAGAGGUAUUACAGUCUACCUUUGAUCUUCUUGGAGAACUGCUCAAAUUUAAUGUAGAAGCUUAUCGUAGAUUAGACAGCAUUAUAUCUACGGAUCCUAAAGAAAAGAAACUGUUCCGCCUUGUAACAAAAAACUUAGUAGAUUCCAAUAUGUUAGUACGAUCAUUAGUUUUGUCCAAUGAUCUCUUCACUAGAGAAGGCAAAGCUGUUGAGUUUGCUUCUCGCUCGAGGACACUAAGACAUGUUGCAACAUUCAAGCAAAGACUAGACUUCUUGGUACAGCUAAUCAAGACAAUCAGUGUGGACACUUUAACACAGGAAAAUGUAAGCUGUCUUAACACUUCAUUAGUAAUUCUGAUGUUGGCACACCGGCAUGCUGAGCUGCCACUAUACCUAGAGGGCCUCAGAAGUCAUGUUGAACCACAUCUUCUGACAAAUCUCCGUUCUCUUCUCCGCUUCUGGCAGACACAUUAUCUGCAUAAUAAGGAUAAGGAUUGCAACACACUUCAGAGGAGUUCUGGCAUUUCAUUUGACUUCUGGCGGGAAACUGUGGCAACACUGGUUGCAGAGAAUAAGCUCUCACCAGACUGCAUCUUCCACUACCUCUCUCCCGAGGAUCUGAACCUCUCUCGCACCAGCUAGUUGAUGAUACAGUUAGCUGCUGUAGAAGAAAGAAUGCAAAUAUGGAUGAUAAGUUACACCAUAUAAUACAAAUGUAUUAUUUUUUCAUCAUUACUGUUUAUAUGCAAACAGCAUCAGACAAAACGACAGUAGCUUGCCCGUUAUGCAUAUUUUUGCAUUUUUUAGUACAAAAUUGUAGCUUUAUGUCCUGUUUGCCUUGAUAUUAACAUGAUAUUUGUACCAAGGCAAAGGAAUAAUGUGCAUGGCAUACUGUCAGCUACAUUGUUUUGCUAUUGCUCAUAGCAAUGCGGUAUUUUCGCUAUCAGCAGCGAUGAUGAUGAUAAGGUACAGGACAUAUAGGGAGUAAAUAUGUAUCCAUAAUGAUCUAGUCAUGAUAUUUAACAAAGGACUAGAUUAUAUGGUAAUUUUAAUUUUGCAUUUUGAUUAUGUUUGCUGCAGGUCAAAAGCUGUGCCACUUUAUUUUGACACUUGUUAUGGAUUUAAAUAUAUGCUGGAUAUAAUACCAUAUCACAUGAGAAUGUGAUCAAUUUCAAUUAUAAAUUGGGCUGAAAGUAAGUUGGUCUGAAAUGUAAUAAAAUACUGUAGUAUGUAUAUACAAUGAAGAGAUACGGUGUUUCUGUAGUGUGCAGAAAACAUUUUUGUUAAUUUUUUCACUUGAAGCCAAGAUUAUGAUUUGUGUGUCCUAGUUCAGGCUCUUCUGGAUCAGUGCUAGUUGUGAAGAAGUAAAAUAAAAAUUGGUUCUCUGGUCACCAUUUAGCUUCCUCCUGUUUGAUCAAUUUGGUUUAUCAUUUGCAUUCAUGCCAUUAGUAAAACUUCCUCUGCAGUCAGUUAGAAAUUAAAGUGAUGAGUUAAAACUCAUUGUACAUACAUUUAUUUGACUCUGUAAAUUGCAAAGUUUUUCCAGUGUUAUAAUUGGUAAAUGUCUUGCAAGUUAGUGUGUACUUAUAUCUUAAGAUAUUAAAUGUGGAAAUUAGGAGAAGGUGUGGAGUUAAUAAAAGUAUUAGUCAGAGGGCUGAAGAGGGGCUGUUGAGGUGGUUCGGUCAUUUAGAGAGAAUGGAUCAAAGUAGAAUGACAUGGAGAGCAUAUAAAUCUGUAGGGGAAGGAAGGCGGGGUAGGGAUCGUCCUCGAAAAGGUGGAGGGAAGGGGUAAAGGAGGUUUUGUGGGCGAAGGGCUUGGACUUCCAGCAAGCAUGCGUGAGCGUGUUAGAUAGGAGUGAAUGGAGGCAAAUGAUAUUUGGGACCUGACAAGCUGUUGGAAUGUGAGGAGGGUAAUAUUUUGUGAAGGGAUUCAGGGAAACUGGUUAUUUUUAUAUAGCCAGACUUGAGUACUGGAAAUGGGAAGCACAGUGCCUGCACUUUAAAGGAGGGGUUUGGGAUAUUGGCAGUUUGGAGGGAUAUGUUGUGUAUCUUGAUACGUAUAUGCUUCUAAACUGUUGUGUUCUGGGAACCUCUGCAAGAACAGUGAUUAUGUAUGAGUGAGGUGAAAGUGUUGAAUGAUGAUGAAAGUAUUUUCUUUUUGGGGAUUUUCUUUCUUUUUGGGUCACCCUGCCUCAGUGGGAGACAGCCAACUUGUUAAAAAAAAAAAAAAAAACUAUCAUGUUGGAUAAAGGGGCCCAAUGGUAACAUAAAGAUAAAAUCAAAUUACAGGUCGGCCAUCACUAAUCUGGCAUCAUUGGGGCCUGUAGAGUGCUGGAUUAGUGACUUUGCCAGAUUAGAGAGUGGUUAGGUUAGAAUACACUUAACCCAAUGGUGAUAUUUACGCAUUGGCGAUUUCGCCCAAUUUAUGCCCUACUUUUGGCCCAUUCCAUUGUUCGAGUCUACCAAACUCGUAGCUAUUUCACUUGUAUUCCUUCUGUUCCGUCGACUGAGUACAAGAAACUGCCCAUUCACUUAUUUCAACUACCCAAUAAAGUGGUAAGAAAUUGGCAAUUUGGCCAAUUUUGCACAAAUUUCAAGGGACACCAAUUUCAAAAUAGGGUUCAGAAUAACAGUGAAGACAUUCCUGGCACUAAAAUAAUAUUUUCUCUGUUCAUUAGUCAUAUCUCCAGGCCCCUCUUAUAUUACUCUUGCUUUCCAUUUUGAAUUCUUAUUCACAAAAAAUAGAAGAUUUACUGUUAUGCAGACUACUGCAUUAUUGUAAUAAUUGUAUAAAUAAUGUCAACCCAUUCAGGACUGUGUAUUAGACUGGCAGUUGAACACGUAUUGGAUGGUGACGUCAUUUGUUUACUCUUGAACAUUGGCAAAAAUCGAACAUUUCUGCUAAUUCGAGCUCAAUUUCAAGGUACUUUUCAUCAUGAAACCAAUCAGAAUCAUAUCUACUUCUGUAAUAUAUCUUCUGUUCUAUCAAUUGAGACCAAAAAAGCAAGAAUACAGCCAUUAAAAACCAUACGAAAAUCUUCCACUGAGGGGCGGCUAAUGGCUGAGAAGUGAACAAUGUUAUUUGUCAUCCAAUUUUUUUUCAUUUUUGGUGUACGUUAAGAAGCAUCUUUCCAUCAUGCAUUGCCCAAGUUUCAAUAAGAUAACCCAACAAAGAACUGAGAAAAAAAUACUACCAAAAAUCAUAUAUGGCAGGCCCAAGCCAGAUAUUGGCACUACGAGAAGCUGUUUGGGCACUACCUGCUGAUAAAACAUUGCUAAUCCAAAUUUAUCAUGAAUGUAAUUACAGUGGUCCCUCAAUUAUCGUCCAUAAUCUAUUCCUGGAAGUGGGACUAUUAUCGAAAUGGACGAUUUUCGAAUCAAUUUUCCCCAUAAGAAAUAAUGUAAAUACAAUUAAUCCGUUCCUAACACCCAGAAUUAUUAAAACAAAAAAUUUUUUACAUGAAAUAUAGAUGUAGUACAUAAACAAUACAAUGGCACAUGAUGAAUGAAACAUUAACAGCAUAACACUUACCUUUAUUGGCGAUUCUUCUUAGUGUAUGGAAGACUGGAGGAGGAGAGACAUUGAAUUACUGUUUGGAAGGGAAAUUCCCUUACAUCAACACCUAAGGUAAAGUGCUUUUCUGGGGUUACUUCUCUUCUCUGUUUCUUAAUGCCACUAGGACCAGCUUGAGAGUCACUGGAGUUCUGUCUCACAGAAAAACUGUCCAGAGAGCUCUGUUUCUGGCAUCUCUUUAAAACUUCCCUAAAAUGGGCCAAGACUGUCACUGUACAAGUUGUUGAUAUGGCUUGCAACAUCCUUCUCAGGGUGAUGUUUCUCCAUAAAUCUUUCCAUCCUACCCCACAUUUCAAAAAUCUCCUUAAUUUCUGAAGAAGGCACCUUCUUCCAUCUCUUCCUCCUCCUCUGCAGCAGGAUUCUGAGCUGCAAUCUGUUGCUCUUCCUGCUGAAACUCUUGCUCCUUUCAUAUUGUUCAAUGAUGUUUUUCUUAAAUUCAAUCAUAUUUCUCACCUUCUUUACCAAAGGUUUGGCACUAGGAGCUUUCUUUGGAGCCAUGAUAGCUUAUUUAGCACUUGCAAGCACUAAAAUGAAUGGAAUAUUAUGAAAUAUUUUGUAUGAACACAUGAGGGGACCGUCGCUCACUGGUAAACAAUGGCACACUGGAUGGGAAUGGCUCAGAGCCGUGAGUACGUGUCCAGGACGAAAGACGAUUAGCGAGUUAAUGGACCAUUUGCGAGCCAAUGUUUAGACGAAAUAAUGGGACUACAGUGGUCCCUCAAUAAUCGUCCGUAAUCCGUUCCUGGAAGUGGGACUAUUAUCGAAAUGGACGAUUUACGAAUCAAUUUUCCCCAUAAGAAAUAAUGUAAAUUCAAUUAAUCCGUUCCUGACACCCAGAAGUAUUAAAACAAAAAAUUUUUUUACAUGAAAUAUAGAUGUAAUACAUAAACAAUACAGUGGCACAUGAUGAAUUAAACAUUAACAGAAUAACACUUACCUUUAUUGGCGAUUCUUCUUUGUGUAUGGAAGACUGGAGAAGGAGACUGAUUGGAUGAAUUACUGUUUGGAAGGGGAAUCCCCUUCCAUCAACACCUUGGGUACUAAUUGCUUUUCUGGGGUUACUUCUCUUCUCUGUUUCUUAAUGCCACUAGGACCACCUUGAGAGUCACUGGAGUCCUGUCUCGCAAAAAACUGUCCAGAGAGCUCUGUUUCUGGCGUCUCUUUAAGAGUUCCCUAAAAUGGGCCAAGACUCUGUCACUGUACAAGUUGCCGAUAUGGCUUGCAACAUCCUUCUCUGGGUGAUGUUUCUCCAUAAAUCUUUCCAUCCUACCCCACAUUUCAAAAAUCUCCUUAAUUUCUGAAGAAGGCACCUUCCUCCAUCUCUCUUCCUCCUCCUCUGCAGCAAGAUUCAGAGCUGCCAUCUGUUGCUGUUCCUGCUGAAGCUCUUGCAGCUCCUCAGUGGUUAGCUCUUUGUUGUGGUCCUCCACCAACUCUUCCACAUCCUCCAAACUCACAUCCAACCCCAUGGAAGCCCCCAGUGCCACAAUGGAUUUAACAACUGACAUAGGCUCAUCAGGGUCAGCCCCAAACCCUUCAAAAUCCCUCUUGUGGACACAACCUGGCCACAAUUUUCUCCAAGCAGAGUUCAAAGUCCUGGUAGUCACUCCCUCCCAAGCCUUACCUAUAAGGCUUGCACAAUGGAGAAUACUGAAAUGUUCUUUCCAAAAAUCUCGUAGGGUCAAGUGAGUGUCUGAGGUCACAUUCAAGCACCUUUCAAACAUUGCUUUGGUGUAGAGUUUUUUAAAGUUUGCAAUGACCUGCUAGUCCAUGGGUUGGAGGAGAGGAGUGGUAUUCGGGGGCAAGAACUUUACUGUGAUGAACCCAAACUCCUUCAGAAUUAGGUCAUCCAAGUUUGGAGGAUGAGCAGGUGCAUUGUCCAUUAAUAGGAGGCACUUGAGAUCCAAUUUCUUUUCCAGGAGGUAAUUCUUCACACUGGGGCCAAACACUUCGUUGAACCACUCUACAAAAAUUUCCCUCGUGACCCAUGCCUUACUAUUAGAUUUCCAAAACACACACAAUUUACUCUUCAUAACAUUGUUUUUCCUGAACACUCUGGGAUUUUCAGAAUGGUCCACUAGUAAUGGCUUCACUUUGAAAUCCCCACUAGCAUUAGCACUGAACAUUAGCGUCAGCCUGUCUUUCAUAUGCUUGUGUCCUGGCAUUGCCUUUUCCUCUUGUGUAAUGAAGGUCCUCUUUGGCAUUUUCUUCCAAAAGAGGCCUGUUUCGUCACAAUUGAACACUUGUUCAGGUUUCAAUCCUUCACUGUUUAUGUACUCCUGGAAUUCAUGCACAUAUUUUUCAGCCGCCUUGUGGUCCGAACUGGCAGCCUCACCAUGCCUUACCACACUGUGUAUGCCAGUACGCUUCUUAAAUCUCUCAAACCAGCCUUUGCUAGCCUUAAAUUCACUCUCAUCAUCACUAGUUGCAGGCAAUUUCUUUACCAAAUCGUCGAAAUAUGCCUAGCCUUUUCACAAAUAAGCGACGUCAUAAGACUGUCUCCUGCUAAUUGUUUCUCAUUUAUCCACACCAAUAAUAACUUCUCAACAUCUUCGAGUACUGGUGAUCUCAUUUUUGUCAGCAUAUUUACCCCCUUUGCAACAACAGCGUCCUUGAUUUCCUUUUUCUUGGCUAUGAUGGAAGAUAUGGUUGUACGGGAUUUGUUAUACAUCCUGGCCAGUUCGCCCACACGUAUGCCACUGUCAUAUUGUUCAAUGAUGUUUUUCUUAAAUUCAAUCGUAUUUCUCACCUUUACCAAAGGCUUGGCACUAGGAGCUUUAUUUGGAGCCAUGGUAGCUUAUUUAGCACUUAAAUAACUUGCAAGCACUAAAAUAAAUGAAAUAUUAAUAAAUAUUUCACUGGAGCACGUGAGGGGACCGUCGCUCACUUGUAAACAAUGGCACACUGGCUGGGAAGGAAAGGCUGAGGCGGCCCGAGGCCGCUCAGACUGUGCAUACGCGUCCGGGACGAAGGACUAUUAGCGAGUUACCGGACCAUUUCCGAGCCAAUAUUUUGACGAAAAAACAGGACUAUUUCCGAAAUGGACGACUUUCAGGCCGGACGAUUAUUGAGGGACCACUGUAUUUCCGAAAUGGACGACUUUUAGGCCGGACGAUUAUUGAGGGACCACUGUACUGUAAUUUGUCCUAUCUUCAUUCUUUAAAAAAAUAAAAUUAAUAUGGUUUUGACAUUUAGCAAAAUAUCUGCCUUUUACCCUCAUACAAAUCAAAAACAAAUUGUGAUAUUUCAAAAAUAACUUCACCAGUUUGUAAGACAAUCAUUCUUUUAUGUUGUCUGUGAAAUUCAUUGCAUUCCUAUUAUUAUUAAUGCCACUGUGUUAAGAUAUAAAUGAAUAACUUACUUCCUAGAUAAUCAAUGAAAACAAGCACGCACCAAAAAAAAAAAAAAAAAAAAGAGAAAAUAUUUUUUUUUUCAGUUUUAUGGUGCAUUACAAGCAUAUAUCACAGUUAGCCCUGUACUACACUACGUUUUCUCUCAUAUCCCAUAUCCUCUAGCAGUUACUUCAUACCUCUGUUGGACUGCUCGGUAUUAUGUCAAAUAUUAUUCAUUCUGGAGUAUUUACCAUGUUUUUAUGUUAUUUACAUUGUUUAUUAGGUCAUACUAGAACACUUGUGAUAGGUAAAUAAGCUGUAAUAAUAAAGCAUAUUCCCCUGCAUCACAAGACCCCGGAAUCCUGCUGACAUAAGCAAAUGUUCCCAGAUUGUUCCUGAUUGGCUCUCAGACUCCAUAAUAGCUCCACCCACUCUGUUAUGAUGCCAAAUUGUGACUUACUAUAUUAGAAAGAAUAAUAAAAGAAAUAAAUGAGAAAAAUCGGAAAAUUCUGAAAAUUGACAUUUUAGCAUGCAUCCUACGGGUGGCGACGUCACCGUAUAUGUUAUAAAUGACUAUAAUUCCUUGUAGGAACUUAGUACAACAAUGAUUCUUAUACCAGUGUGUUGCCAAAGUGUUAAGCUAUUUUUCUAUAUUCGUGCGCAUUAGCUGCCCCUAAGUUGCUGUUUUACACCACGGUCACAGUUUUUUUUUUCUCAUUAUGCACUGCAUGUUGCAGGAUUUGUUUUUAUAUAGUGCACACUUACCACACAGACCUAUUCUCUCAUAUGUAAGCCCAAAUUUACCAGGCACAGCUUAUCUGAGUGAGCUGAGCUCAUGGCAACCGACAGUUGCUUUAAAGCCACCUUAUCUUUCAUGAAUGAUGUAUGGUGUAUGUGCUUUACACAACGAGAAGCAUUUCUUUUAUUUGUUGGAACUAUGGGUAGGGCUAAAAGUAAGCAGGUUAUAACAAUAAAUGGAGAAAAAAAAAUUGAAAUGACUUGUGCAACAAGUAGCGCCACCAAACAGUAGCAGCUGGUUGGUGUGACGACCUUGGAAAUUUGAAAUUAUGCUAGCUGAAAUUAGUGCCGGAUUACUGAUGGAACCGGAUUAGUGAUGGCUGACCUGUACUUCGUAUUUCAUGGCAUGCCAAGGAAUGCAUAUAAAGAAUGAUACUUCUUUAUCGGGUACAUAAUUGUCGUUUUAUGCACCCAGUAACAACACGACUUAGGUCUUUGUUUAUGACCAUUAUGUAUAGAGCAGUUUUUUUUUUUUUUUUUUUUUUUUUUGUUACCUGGCAGUUUCCUUUCACUGGUGAUCCUGGUGAUCUGGAAGUGUGGUUAAGGUCUCUGGCAGAUGAAUGACUGAAACCAUAAAUUGCAUCAUCCAUUUUUUAUCGAUGUUCUGUUGGUUUUGCCCUGUAAAACUUUUAAUUUAAUUCUUGCCUUAACUGCAGGUGGUUAUGUUUUGGCAAAUUACAAACAUGGUUUUCAAUCCCUUUCUUAACUGUGUUUUGUAACUAAGUUCAUUCAAUAAAUAAUGUGGUUUUAAUACAAAUUAGGCACUGUCAAAAAUGUGCUGAAAAACCUGUAUUCCAAGAUUUGCCUGUAUAUUUGGUACAGUAUUCAUUUUUAUAUCGAUCUGGUGGGCUAUUAUCUUUGAAUAAUUCUUAUUAGUAUAUGAGUCUAAAGCUUUAGUGUUAGAAUUUCUUUGUGAUAUCUUGGUUUGGUUUCUUCCAUUCAAGCCACAACAGCUUUAUGUGAGAAAAGCAUUAUCAGUGUAAUAUUAUACUACAGUUCUGUAUAUUCUGUCAUGAUUUCUACCUCAUGUAGUACAUAUUGAAAAGGAAGACACUGAUUUGGGCAAAACAAAUGGCUUCUUUGUAGUUACUUGGCUUUAUAUAUAUAAUAAAGCACAGGUAAUAAAAUGGCACUUCCACAUUAAAGAAGAUAACUUCUGUUUCCCAAUAAUUAAAAAGAAAUAUUUACUCACUAUUACUGCUGAUCUAGAAGAGUGUGCAUUUGUAUACAAGCUAAAAGGCCAUCAUUUUGGGAGAACACAAUGGUAGUGUAUAGUUAUUGUUAUGAGGUACUUUGUUUCAGAUGAAAUUAUUUUAGUAGUCUCCUAUUAUUCCAGAUUGAUUGGCAGAUUUUUAUAAUUAAACUUGUUCCAUUAAAUAUUAAAAUUGCAUACUGUAUAUACUUCACAAACUACUUUUGUCAUCUACCCACCUCUUGAACACUGGUUAAUGUAGUAAUGCUGUACUUAUUCUAACUCUUUUCAAAUGACCUUCCUACCUCUAUAUUGUGUGAUAACACCACUAAUUCUGUUUCCUACCAGAUGACCUACCCACUUUUUAAUAUUGUGCAGUACCUCUGUACUAUUUCUGACACUAUUCCCUUAAUGAAUUAGUUUAAAUAUUUAAUGAAAUAGUUAUAUAGUAAAACCUGAAUAUUAAUCUGAAAUUUUGAGACAUACUUAUAACAUUAAUUUUAAGUGUACUUCCAGUGUUAGGCAGCUUAAUCAUAAAUGGCUGUAGGAGAAAUUUGAUUUGUCAAAGAUCUCAUUGUCCAAAUAGAUGGACCUAAGUAUUUUUCAUAUUAUAUAGAGUUGGUGGAAAAUUAAAUGACAUGUGAUAUCUUUAAUAAAAUUAAGUUAAAAUCA